AUGGAAGAGUCCUCUGAAGGUGAAACGCAUCAACGGCCUCUGCCUCCUCCCGCGGCCGGUGGCUGGGCUAAGACCUCAUUUCGUGACAAACUACUGGGAGGGAAAGUGGUUCCUCUGGCCAAGAAGGUUGUGAGCCUGGUGGAACAAGGAAAGAUGAAUAUCGUUCCUUUCAAUGGCAAUCCUAUGUUGCCACAAGUAGUUACUGAUGCCGAUGUUAUUCAAGAGUUGUGUUAUCCGUGGCAGGAGGCUCUAGUAGUUUCUUUGUUGGGGAAGAGACUGGGAUAUAGAACCAUGAAGUCGCGGUUGUCGGCGGUAUGGAGGCUCACAGGGGAUUUUGAUCUCUUGGAUAUUGACAAUGGCUUCUACCUAGUGAAGUUUGACAUAGCGGCUGAUCGAUCGAAAGUCAUGGAGGGCGGGCCAUGGAUGAUCUUUGAUCAUUACUUGACUGUUGCUACAUGGAGCAAGGAGUUCUUGUCCUCACUUGCGAAGGUAUCAAAGACCCUUGCAUGGAUUCGUAUUCCAGAGCUAAAUGUGGUGUUCUAUGAUGAGAGCUUUUUGAUGGGGGUGGCCUCUGCAAUGGGGAAACCUAUUCGAGUUGAUGGGAACACCUUGCGAGCAGAACGAGGAAAAUUUGCACGCAUCUGCGUUUAG